GGGCGGGGGGAGAAGCAGCAAAACUUCCCCCCGCGCCGCGUUUUCUUCCGUGUCCGGUCAGGAGAGGCCGGAAGUGUAGGGCGGUUGCCCUGGCAAUGCGUCCGGCGGCAUCAUGGCCGGGCCGAGUUGGCUGGAGCAGCUGCGCGCGGCGCGGAAGACCGCCCUGCUCGGGGACGGUAAAUGGGAGCGGGGCGUCCUCGGCAGACCUUCCUCCGGGGAGCUCGGAGGGAGCGGGGAGCGGCGAGGCCCGGAUCCUGGCGGGCUGAGGACGAUCACCGGCGAGGGACGGGGGUGGACCGGGGCGAGUACGAGGAAGCGGGGAAGGUAGAGCCCUGGGGCCAGUGGGGUGUAUGCAGUGCAGGGCUUAGGACUGCCGGCUGCGGUCCACGAAAGCCUGUGCCACAAUAAAUUUGGUUACAACACUCUCCUGUCCCGUGUCUUCUCCGAAAUAAGACUCAUUGGUUCCAGUGGGGCUUGCUUCCAAGGUAAAGGGGUCUAGGAGCGAUCCAAUGCAUAUUUACUCAGAAGUGAAUCCUACUGUGUUCAGUUUGGGCUUGUUUCCAGGUGAGUGUGAGUUGGGCUGUCACCUUUGCAUUAAGGCUGCUUUAGUAUGCGGGCAGCGCUGUGGGCUAAACCACAGAGCCUAGGACUUGCCGAUCAGAAGGUCGGCGGUUCGAAUCCCUGUGAUGGGGUGAGCUCCCGUUGCUCAGUCCCUGCUCCUGCCAACCUAGCAGUUCGAAAGCACGUCAAAGUGCAAGUAGAUAAAUAGGUACUGCUCUGGUGAGAAGGUAAACGGCAUUUCCGUGCGCUGCUCUGGUUCGCCAGAAGCGGCUUAGUCAUGCUGGCCACAUGACCCGGAAGCUGUCUGCGGACAAACGCCAGCUCCCUCAGCCAAUAAAGCGAGAUGAGCACCGCAACCCCAGAGUCGGCCAUGACGGGACGUAAUGGUCAGGGGUCCCUUUACCUUUACCUUUAGUACGUACAGCCCAAGGGCUCGACUGAGGCGGCAGCCCCUGCUUGUGCUUACCUGGGAAGCAGCCCCAGUGAGGUGCCCUGGGAACUUGUUGAAGGGUGGGGGUAUAAAUCCCUUAAAAUAACAAUUAAAACUGAACUUAACUAAGAGUAAAUUUGCAAAGGGUUGGGCCUUAGUCAUUUACGCUUGGGUCAGUCCCAUUGAAAUCUCUGUCCGCUGUCCCAUAAGAUCAAGCUGUAUGAUUUAGGGUGGCAGCCUGUGAAUGCCAGAAUGCCACAGAUGCUGUGGUCUAGACUUUUGGCUUCUCCAGCUAAGUCUUGGGGUAGCUGAAAACAGGGUCAGGGAGUGUGUCAGUAGGUGGGACUUUUCUCUACAUUAUUUCUGUGGAUUCACUCACCUCUGCUCUCCUUAGGUAUGCGAAAAAUCCAUUACUUGUUUGACAAUGGGAAGGAGAUGGCAGAGGAAUAUGACCUGAAGACAAACCAGCUGCUUUGUAAGCAAGCUUCCUUUCUUUAUUAGGAGUUUAAAACUAGUCAUAACAGGGGCUUGGCCUAUUAAUAGUACAGGUUGAUGAGAAGUAGGAGUUUGCAUCUGACAGAUGCUGCACAUAGCACAGGUCCAGGUUUCAUGUUGAUCAUAGGAAAGGGAAGUUCCCAGUCAAAAAUGCCUUUAGUUAUAGCACAGUUUCGAAUUAGGCCACUUGUGACUCAUUCAUUUCAUCCUCCCAUUCAAUUUGAUAAUUAUUUCCAACAUAGGAGAAGUAGAAUAGAAUUGUACACUGGUACCUCGGGUUAAGAACUUAAUUCGUUUUGGAGGUCCAUUCUUACCUGAAACUGUUCUUAACCUGAGGUACUACUUUAGCUAAUGGGGCCUCCCGCUGCCACCGCACCACCGCCGCGCAAUUUCUGUUCUGAUCCUGAAGCAAAGUUCUUAACCUGAGGUACUAUUUCUGGGUUAGCGGAGUCUGUAACCUGAAGUGUCUGUAACCUGAAGUGUCUGUAACCUGAGGUACCACUAUACUUUGAGUUAGGAAGCAAAUUCAUACUUGACAGGACCACAGGAAAGAAUACUCUUCUAGAAUGAGCUUGCAUGUUACAUAUUAGCAGUGAUGCAAGUAGGAAAUUUUCCCAAUACUACAUCUAUCCUUGGACAUUUGUUUGUUUCUAAAACUGCAUUAUUCCAUAAAAUUCAGCAGUAACAUGCAUUAAGCAUGUAUGUCUGAGCCAGAAAAGACUCUGUGAGUAUAUUUCCAUGAAAGCUGAAGGCCUGAUUGUUUUGACCUUGCCCCUGAGGCCUCAUGAUCACACUCCCAACAUCUGCAUAUUGAGUGUGAACAUCUGAGCUGGGUAAGGCCACAUAUAUCGACUUCUAUAGGAGCUGAAACUCUGAGCAUGAUAGCCCCACCCUCAAGUUAUGUGGUUCCCCAUACCCAUGUGGAUCUCAUGGGUGGGGAACUGUGCAUGGCUCUGCUGCCCCUUUCAGCAUGCGGGGCAUAACUGAGGAUAAAUUGAAACUUAAAGUAUAAAUAACCCACCAUUGUUAAAUCAGCUUCAAUUGGUUUUUAGCAUUGGGAAAUUUUCUUAUUUCAUUUUUUUCCAGAAAACCUACACCAUGCCUAGUGCAGUUUCUUGUUAAUCAUGUCUUACUCCUAUAUCAAAAUUCUCAGUCAUGCAACAUCUGAAGUUACUCCUUGAAGUGUCAAGAGAAUCCCAUCCUCAAAUGCAAAUUUACUGAGGCUGUUUCCCUGAAAAAGCAAUUGAAAGAGGUGCUUCCUUUCUGUUUCUUUGCAGUGAGGAAAUGGAGAGAGAAGAAUGCCUUGGGUGCUUGUGGCGCUUGGCAGGUUGAGGUGGGAGAGCCAAACUUGCUCGCAUCAGGACCUCUGGAUCGUGAGCUCAUUAAGGAGAGCAGUACUAAUGUAAGUAAGGCAAGUUCCUUUCUACAUCACAAUCACCUCUGAAAUUGCUACGGGUCUCAUUUUCCUAGGUUGCUGUUGUUGUCGUUUAGUCGUGUCCAACUUUUCGUGACCCCCAUGGACCAGAGCACUCCAGGCACUUCUGUCUUCUACUCCCUCCCGUAGUUUGGCCAAACUCAUGCUCGUAGCUUCGCUAACACUAUCCAACCAUCUCGUCCUCUGUCGUCCCCUUCUCCUUGUGCCCUCCAUUUUUGCCAACAUCAGGGUCUUUUCAGGGAGUCUUCUCUUCUCAUGAGGUGGCCAAAAUAUUGGAGCCUCAGCUUCAGGAUCUGUCCUUCCAGUGAACCUUUCCUAGGUUACCUGUUCUGAAUUCUGAGACUACAGUUUGGCUUCUUAAGAUGAGUAGUAAUGCUUCCAUUGCAAAGUAACAUAAUGUACCGUAUUUUUCGCUCUAUAAGACGCACCAGACCACAAGACGCACCUAGUUUUUGGAGGAGGAAAACAAGAAAAAAAAUAUUCUGAAUCUCAGAAGCCAGAACAGCAAGAGGGAUCGCUGCGCAGUGAAAGCAGCAAUCCCUCCUUCUGUUCUGGCUUCUGGGAUAGCUGCACAGCCUGCAUUCGCUCCAUAAGACGCACACACAUUUCCCCUUACUUUUUAGGAGGGAAAAAGUGAGUCUUAUAGAGCAAAAAAUACGGUAGCUCAUCUUAGCUUUGGAACAGAGAAAGAGGUAAUGCAUGGUUUCUGUUUCCUUGGGGCUGUAUCCUGGUUGAGAAACCUUACGUAGUAUACUCUGUUAGGUGACUUUACUUUGUGACUCACUGGAGAACACAUGCCUAUGACAUUAGUGCUGGUAUAAACUUGUAAAGCUGUCUCACACCAAGUCAGACUAUUGGUCCAUCAAUAUUACCUGACUGGCAGCAGCUACUUACUGAAUUAGGAAUGUUUCCAAGUGCUACUGUUUAAAAUAAUUUAACCAAAGGUGCCAGAUCCUAAAACUUUCUGCAUGCAAGGCAUGUGCUGUCCCACUAUGCUAUGGCCCUUCCUUAAGAUAAAUAGCUCUCUCCAUAGAAUGACCAAGGGAGAUUCAUGAUCUCACUACCAGCAUGGGGAAACCAAUGUUCCUUGUUGAACAGUCUCAUGAUACCCCUACCAGAGACCACAUUGUUCCUCAUCUAUGAGACCUUUGUUUUCUUUCCUGUUUUCUUUCCUUCUGGCUUAAAUCUAAUACAGCUUUCUUCCUCCCCAUUCCUCCACAUCAGUUUCAUUUGUGUAUCCUGAAGAAACCUCUGACUGCUUGGAAAUUAUAUAAAUGACUUACAGACUUAUAGAAUUCCUGAUACAUUUGAAGAACUAUAAGCGAGGGUGGGGGUGACCUCAAAGAAACUCCAUCCUCAGUACUGCUAUGUGGGUCCACAUAACUAGACCAAGCACCUGAAUGUGCAAAGCCAAAAACUCCCCACUGCUAUCUAUUCCAUCUGAGUGAUGCCAGGAUAACUGAAAUGUGCCUUUUCUCUAGCCUAUCUUUAUGCGCAAAGACACCAAGAACAGCUUCCAGUGGCGGAUCCGGAAUUUGCCCUAUCCUAAAGAUGUCUAUUGUGUUUCAGUGGAGAAGGAUGAGCGCUGCUGUGUGGUCCGUACAACAAAUAAGAAGUCAGUAAGCACAAGGUUCCCCUGAGGUGGGGUGAAGCUGAGUGGGGGGCUGCAGAUUUUGAUAAAGCCCAGGAUCUGGAGAAAACUUAUUGCAAAGUUUCAUCACUUCUCCUCUUCCUGCUUGACAAUAGCAUUACAAACAGAAGCAAAUGCAUUUCUCAAUCCCAAUUUUUGAUGAAGAAGUCGGGGAAAAACCAUUGAUUUUCCCUUCCGUUCUCUAACCUAUUUUUUGUGCAAUCCCUGAAAAUUACCUAGAGGUGGUGCUGUUGGCAAAGAGCUGCUUCGCUCUCUUUGGCCAGUUAUGUUUUUAAGUUAAAGUUCUUCUGAGGGCAAAGAAUACUAUUAAUCAGUGACAGUAAAGGGCCAUGGUUGAGACUUGUCGAACACUUCACAAUGAAGGCCAGGCUACAUUGACCCUGUAGGCCUUCCACUUAGCAUCUUUGCUAUCUGACUGCAAUUGGCAGGUGCAAGAUCAAGUUCUUGCUGCUCAAUGGCCUCCUCUUGAUAGGUAUGGAGAUGCUUAAGUACUUCUUGAUUUAAGCAGCCCUUGACUAGCCUCGACUUUCUGCAGAAACGCAUGGUGCAUCUUAUAACACAGGUAUUCAGGGUCAACCAACAAAGCUGAUUACCAGUAGAUUGAGGCCACACAAAAGAGGGGACUUAUUCACACAUAUAACUCAUAAAACAGAAUGGACCGAUGAUCACUGGCUUUGAUGGCUUUAAAGGAAACAUGACAAAUUGGUAGGGGAUUUACCUAUCAUUGGCUACUAGAUAUGAUAGUUAAAUGGUAUCUCUAUGUCCAAAAGCAUAGCAUCUCUGAAUACCAACAGUAGAGAGCCGUUUCAUUCAUGUUUUGCUUGUGGGCUACUGGUUAGCAGGCCUGUGAAAAAGGGAGAUAAUUUUGGUUUUCACAACUGCGAGAUUACCAAGAAGGGAAAGAUGAGGUACAUCUAGGUACAUUAGAUAUACCUGGAGUGAACUGUUCUUAACUGUGUGCAGGAUCAAAUCCCCAGGAUCUCCUCUUCAACAAGCAAGACAUGUAUUGUGAAAGGCAAAAGUGUUGGGUUGGCAUCCACAUCUUGAACUUAAAAGGUGACACAUAAGGAGGAGUGUCUCCUGCCCUGUAAGCCUCUCUGUAGUUUAAGAUUUACAGGAGAGGGCUUGCUCUCUUUUGUAGCACCUCCCUUAUGGAACUCCUUUUCCAGCAAGGCCUGCCCAGCUGCAGUCCCCACCCCUGCUACUCAGAAUGCCGGUGAAGUCCUUUUUCAAAAAGCUUCUGGGACUACAGAUGGCUGCUAAUAUGGUGAAUAGUGGUGGUGGGGAUAAAAUAAUCUGAAUUCAGGUUUCCUGCCCUUAUUGCUAGUGGUAUAUUAUUUAGAGAGGAGCAGAGAUGCUGUGUGUGUUUGAUCUUCUUUACAAUUGUUGUACUCUUAGUGCUUUUACCAAAAUCAGGCUUUUGUUUAGGCUAAAUAUAAACUCCUAAAAACCGUGUCAAUUCUUGUGGCUGGGUAAACAAGUCCAUGCCUGCACUUAGGAGUCCAAAGAGACUACAGUUAGGGAUAUCUUUAUGCCUCCAACAGCUGCAUGGCAGGCAGAAGUUAAACAGAUGAAAUCUCCACACAGGGAGAUGCACUGAGGGAGAAAACUAAACCUAUUGAACAUUGACUAUGCAGCUGUUGACAGCACAGGAGCCCUGCCAGAACACACAGCUGCCCCGAGGGACCUUAAAAAAGAAAAUAUUGCCAUCCGCUCCAACUCAUUCAUUGUUGGCCCCUCUAGCCACAGCAAAAGGCUGCUCAAGUGGGAUUUGCUCUAGCCCUCUUGCUGUAAAACAAAUCCAUUAAAGCAAACUUUCCAAACAAACAGGCAAAGCCUCUUCAGCCACAGCAGAUUCAAUUAUUGCAGGGCAAGGUAGCAGUUAACAUUACACUAGAAGGGGGCAAAGCAGCAGAUCUGUUUUCCUUUGAUCUCUCACAGAUUUUAGUUGGAGACCAUACCAGGUAUUAUUUUUCCCACUACUUCAGUCCUGGGGAAGGCUGGGGGGCAAAGUUGGUGUUCCCAGUGCGGGCUCCUUAGGCUCUUUGAAACACUGGGCUUUUUCUGGGACCUGCUUUUUUAUUGUCUCAAUCAGUAAGAAGUUAACACUUCCUUAACAUGUCUUUGUGUUCAACUAAUCUUUGCAGUUUAACCUUUGACACCCCUAUUAUUAUCCAUGUCUGCCACCUUUCCCAAAUUUACGCAGAAGGCUCCGAGCCCUGCGGUAACAUUCCUUGCUAGCAGGCAAAGCAUCCAAGGCUGGUUGUCCUUUGUAUGCAUUUUCGCUAAGGCUUGGAAAAUAAAGGGUUCAUGUUUUGUGCAGCAGUAGUUCAAGCAGUCGACCUCUAAGCAGAACGGGCUUAAUGGAGAAGGAUUGCUUAUGGGCCUGACACCAGGGAAUAAAUUCUCCCAUUCAGUUUGGGGCACCAGAAACAUGUCCAUGUGAUGGAGGGAAUUUCACAAGGGAAGAGUAACAAAGGGGCUAAAUGGUAGUAGUGCAGAGGGUGGGGUAGGGGGGAGAUAAGAAUAAUGUUCACUCAGUUUUGUUAAGUCAUAGUUGGGUAGAAGACAGACUGUUUAGAUCCACCAGAUACUUGGCAGGACAAAGGUGUAUGAACCAGUACAGAUUCAAGGUAAUUGAAAAUAAACAGCCCUUCAAACUGUUAGGGUUCUCUCCCACUUUACCCAGCACUCUGCAACCAUAUUUGGAAAACACAGCUUUCACAUGAUUAAGAAAUCUUAAGUCAGUUGGUGUUACAGUGGUACCUUGGUUUUUGAACGUCUCGGAAGUCGAACAUUUUGGUUUUCGAAUGCCGAAAACCCUGAAGUAAAUGCUUCCAUUUUCGAACACAUCUUGGAAAUCAAAAUUCAAUUUUAUCUAUUGAAUUUGCAGACCACCCUUUGCGCCUCGGGUUUUUAAACGUUUCGGAAGUCGAACGGUCUUCCAGAAUGGAUUAUGUUCGAAAACCGAGGUACCUCUGUAUUCAUAUUGACUUACUAAUAAAAAUAAAAUUCAUUAAUAGAGCUAGUCCAACCUUAGCUGGGGUGUGGGACAGAAUGGUGUAGCCACCACUGCACCCACUCACGCUGGCAGGAAUGGAACGCAGGGCACACAGGCAAACCUGUGUGGCAAACGCUGCACUAUGCUAGUCUGGGGUUGGUGUAGCAACUGGACCCAUAUCUGGACCAGUGCCAUCAACUAACACCAGUGGUGCUGACUCAGCUCCUUCUGCCCCAGAACACUCCAUCUGGGGGCUUUCUGUGAGUUAGUGCCAAUGGGAAUCUUGCAAGCUGUACCCCUUCCUGCUCACAACUUUGGUAGGAGGAUAUAGAAGCUGCACACUGGAGGAGUGGAGCUGCUGGAGCUGUUUGGGACUGGGCAGAGGGAGACCUGCACAGCAAAUCAGGAAGAUAGUUUGCAGCCUAAAUGUGCACAUGAGAAAAUAAAUCUAAGGGGAAAACAAGCACACUUCAUUUUUGAAUGAUGCUGUGUUGUAGUAGAUAUCAUCUGUGGAAUCCCUCCUCUCUCAUAGCAGGUGGGAUAUCUUAAAAUGGUGCUUGCCAUUGCAAUUUAUAUGUACUUGCAUUAAAAAACCACUAUAGUCCCAGCAACCAGGGACAUCUUCAGAAUCAAUCAAAAUGUGUGCUUUUAAAAUUAAUUAAACAUGCAACCAUGUUGGGAGAGUGAUCAAUGUUAAAUAUUGAAAAUGUUUCUGGUCAAAAUAGAAGUAUGAAUGCAUUUCUGUUUCUCUAACUUGUAGAUUAGGUUUUAUGUACAGGAUUACAUCUUAAUGAACUAGCAUUCCAAAGAUGACAAAAGUAAAAGCAAAAAAUGGUCUUACCCUCAAAUUCUCUCUCAUGCGUAUCUUCAGAUAUUACAAGAAAUUCUCCAUUCCUGACUUAGACAGAUUCCAACUGCCCUUGGAUAGUACUGCUCUGAGCUUUACUCAUGCCAAUAACACAUUAAUAAUCACGGUAGGUACCUAUAAGACUAAUUUGUCAAUGUAACUCAGAACUUUUCCUGGCCUUCCUUUUGGUAUCACCACUUCUGUGAAAACUGGGGAAACAAAUAGAAAAAUAGGCCCAUAAGUACAAUGGAAAAUUACAAAAUUAGGAGCUAAUAAGUCUCUUGAGGUUUAGCAGGAAAAAUCCUAAUCACUAUUUCUGUUUCUGCUUCAGAGUUUAGAAUGCCAUAGGAUUUACACAUUUCCUCCUCUCCCAUGAGUAACCAUCUUUUUCUUAUGGCUGUAAUGUUUAGUGUAGAUAUUAAAAACUGCUUGGGUAUAUGAAGUAGAAUGUAAUAGCCAGCAAAGUUAAGUGCAUAGUUUGCCAGGGGAGACUGUACAGUCCAGUAGUCUAACCAGGGUUAAGUUCCAAUAUGAGAUAACAUGCAUUAAAUCAGAUGCAUUUGAGAUACAGUUUUAUGCUAUAUUUCCUCUGUAAAUUCUUAUGCUCAGUGUUAUUGAAUUUGGGGGUGACUGCAAAGACUUCGCAAGUGUGAGAAUUUCCAAGGGCUUGCAACCAUGACACUGUGUAACAGCCCUGUUUGUGCUAGAGAUAUAUGCGGCUUAUUCGUUUUCACAGUACCUGAAGCCAGCAGAGAUUCUGGCUGCAGAGGAGGAGCUGCAAAAGGAGCUAAAGAAGAUCAAGGCAGCUAAUAAUGGAGAUGGGGAAUGCAAGACACAGUAGCCAGCAGUUGCAGAAUCUCAUCUGUAUAUAUUUUACUACUUUUAUUUAAUAAAGGAGAUGAUUGGAGACAAACUUUUUGGGGAAGGACUUAAGUUACCCGAGUUUGUAGAUUCUGAAAGAGCUUUCUCGCAAAACUUUUAGAGCUCCCCAUCAGCCUGCUGGUGUCCAGCACAGGUGAGAAGCACCAGUCUCUUAGGAGUUGACGUCUUUGUAUGUGUGCUAAUUACAAUUCUCGGGGAGCCAAAACUCCCAUAUUGGCCUGAAUAUAAGCCGCACCUUUAAAAUUGGAGGGGAGGAAGAAAAAAAGAAAAAAAUGCCCAAAUAUCAGCUGCUCCAUUCCUCGUUGCUGCUGGCUGCAUACUGGGGGGGGGGGAGCCGUGCUGCGUUGCCGGUGGCCUUUUCCCUUCCUCCCUCUCUCCCUUCCCAGCCUUGGGGGACUACAUAUGGGGCGGGCACCACUAUGCUGCGCUCCUGGCGCUGUUUGCCUCACACUCCCGGCUGCAUACUGUAAGGUCGUGAAGAUAAGCUGCGCUUUCACUUUUCACAGUCGGAAUUUGGGGGGGAAAGUGAGGCUUAUACUCAGGCCAAUAUGGUAUAUGCAUCCUCUAUAGCACUAUGAAUUACUUUAAAGGUUCUAAAAACUUGUGUCUUUGUCUUCAAGAAUAUGGCAGGAGAGAGGUCCCAGAAAAAAGAUGAGUACCAUUACUUCUCCUACUGCAUGCAAUAGCAUUUAAAGUUGAUAUAAAGGGAAGUGCAAGAACCAAGUAAGCAUAUCUUACAUAGUUUCCAGCUGACAGUGUCAGCUGCCUGCAGUUACCCCUCAAACUGAACACCCAACCUGUUUCAAACAAAGCAUAAAGGAUUUUUUCCCACUGCCUUUGCCCUAGAACGUGUAUAUUCUGAGCUCUCAAUACUUUGACCUCUCUCAGUAUAUCAUUUAUGCCAGUUUGUACCACUAUUGAAGGUAUCAAUUUCAUUUUAAUAAAAGCAAAUGUUCAAAUUUC